UGCCCUAUGGCUAUUUCGGCAGCGGCUACUACCCGUGCGCCCGCAUGGGCCCGCACCCCAACGCCAUCAAGUCGUGUGCGCAGCCCGCCUCGGCCGCCGCCGCUGCCUUCGCGGACAAGUACAUGGAUACUGCCGGCCCCGCGGCCGAGGAGUUCAGCUCCCGCGCUAAGGAGUUCGCCUUCUACCACCAGGGCUACGCAGCCGGGCCUUACCACCACCAUCAGCCCGUGCCUGGCUACCUGGAUAUGCCGGUGGUGCCGGGUCUCGGGGGCCCCGGCGAAUCGCGCCACGAGCCCCUGGGUCUUCCCAUGGAAAGCUACCAGCCCUGGGCGCUGCCCAACGGCUGGAACGGCCAAAUGUACUGCCCCAAAGAGCAGGCGCAGCCUCCCCACCUCUGGAAAUCCACACUGCCCGACGUGGUCUCCCAUCCCUCGGAUGCCAGCUCCUAUAGGAGGGGGAGAAAGAAGCGCGUGCCUUAUACUAAGGUGCAAUUAAAAGAACUCGAACGGGAAUACGCCACGAACAAAUUCAUAACCAAGGACAAACGGAGGAGGAUAUCAGCCACGACGAACCUCUCCGAGCGGCAGGUUACAAUCUGGUUCCAGAACAGAAGGGUCAAAGAGAAAAAAGUCAUCAAUAAAUUGAAGACCACUAGUUAAUGGAUUAAAAAGUGGAGCACAGGGCAACUUGAAGAAAUGCUUCAGAACUGAUUGUUUUUGCCCAGCUAAUGGUAAUAAUGCUUAAUAAUAAUUGAAGAAUUGGAAAGAGAGACACUGGCAUUUUGCUGUCUUAAGUGGGAAUUUCUUUUUAAUGGAAUCUACAACUUUUAAAAAACUUUUUAAGAUGGUAAAGACUGACAGUUCUCCCGCCAACAGACCGUUAAAUGACAAAUUCUAGAGUCAAACGUCAACCCCUAAAUACGAAAUUUCAGAUAAGUUACGCACUUACUAAAAUCUUGUAAGUAUUUAUGUGACCGUUAUAUUUUAGGACACUGUGUUAGAUGGUAAUGAUUUGAAAGUUGGUUACAAAAGCAAGAGUCUGUUGUAAACAUCUGCUUGUUCUUCUUAGGUCGCCAUUCCCUUUGCAUGUUAAGUGCCUGCUCAGGUAAAUCUUAGUGAAAUUCCUACCAUUGUAUGUUCUGAAAAAUGUUUCAUAUAUAGGUUUAAAGCAAAAAAGAGAAGGUACUGAAAUAAUGGUCUUUAACUAUUUACUAUGAAGGGAGAAAGGAGAGAAAACUCUUCCGAGGAUCAUUUGUCUUGAUAGUAAAUACAGCCUUUAAUUCUUUGAGGCUAGAAGGAAACACCAGAUUGGUAAUGUCCUUCUAAUAAUAGAAAGCAUAUUUCUGAUUGGACUACCACAAUAUCAGAGAUUUUCCAAAGAAUUGAGUAUUUUUUAAAUGUUUAAAUUACCAGAUGAUCCGCAGGGUUGACAUUAUGUUAGAUCUCCCAGAAAGUCCUACCCAAACAUGAAGGAUUUCAGUUUGAAUGCAAUUCCUUUUUUUUUUUAAAUUUAAUUGGCAUUUUCCAAUAUUUUCUAAACGUUUUGCUGGAUAAAUUAUUUUUUUAUUUUUAGAAAACUCUGAAUGGAAAUCCAUUCCCCUGAAAUAUUUAGAUGUCUACAUUCUGUAUUUUGAUCUAUUAAGGUGUUAGUAUUUUCCUUGUUUAUUGUGUUAUGAGACUUCAUUAGAAAGUUUAGGGAUUCAUCUUCACUGCACAUUUUAAACCAAGCAGUUAUUUCAACCAGCACAUUCGUUUUGUUCAUAUUCACUAUAAAAUGCUAUCUUGUAAAUAAAGACAUUCAGCACACUGUGAAAAAAUGUAUUUGUGCACCUGCUUUUUAAAUAUUUCUAC